GUCUAUUGUCUUUGCCUAUCUUGUGAAUUUUGUUAUUUCAAGGAAGUUCAAUUUUUGUGAAUCUAGAUUUCCUAUUCCUAAUUUUAAUUAGAAACACACAUUAAAAUUAAAUACUAAUUAAAAAUAGGUCUUCAAAACCGACAGGUUAUUUAUAAAUAACGCUUCCAUAGUUAUUGAACUUCUGUCAAAAUAUGAUCACGACACAAUCACACCUCGCCAAUCGCCAAUGCUGACUUCAGUGAGAUUAAACUUGCCUCGCAUUGCUUAGUGUUUCACUGAUAAAAGUAUAUUUAUGGUGGCUGAUGGAAGGAAUACAGAUAUUUUCACGACACUGAAAUGACGUGUUUCGGUCAAGGGAAGCAGUCAAUAAUUUGAACUUAUCAUCUGCUACAAUGGAGACUAUUUCAGCAUCUCAAGAAGAUAGCUCCAAUGCCAAUCCUGCAAGCGUGAAGAGUGACGAUAGUACUCCACCCCCGGAGAGCGGUCGAGGCUCGCCUCCCCCCAACUGUGCUAUUUGUCUAGGAACAUGCAAGAACAAAUCAUUCACUGACUCCUGUCUCCACCAGUUCUGCUUCAGCUGUCUUUUGACUUGGAGUAAGGUUAAAGCUGAGUGCCCCCUCUGCAAGCAGAACUUCAAGUCUAUCAUCCACAAUGUCCGAUCAAAUCAUCAAUAUGAGGAGUACAUGGUGGAGCAGCGCCAUGUUGAGGAGAAUAUUGACAUUGACAGCAUCAGCAUUGAGGGCAUCGCACAGGCCACCCGCCGGUUUAGAUACAGGACAACCCUGACGCUCCCGCGGCGGGACACGCGUGCCAUCGAGCAGUUCCUCAUGCACUACCCGCUGAUCCCGCGGCUGCCGAUCCCGCGCGCCCCCCCCGCGCGCCGCCGCCGCUCCCCCGCCGCCUUCCGCCGCACGGUGUACCGGCACAACCUGUGGGCGCGCCCGCUGCCCGACUUCACGGGCCGGUUCAGGGACUGCUCGCCUGAGUUCUAUAUGUACAAUGACGCGCAGAUGCACCGGCUGGUGCCGUGGCUCACGCGCGAGCUGCAGUACCUGCUGAACGAGAACGCGGGGCACAUCUCGUACGUGCUGACGCGCAUCCUGGAGCUGCUGCCGGCGCGGCCCGUCACCUCGCCCGAGUUCCGCGAGGCGCUGCGCCGCUACCUCGGCGAGCGCACCGACCACUUCCUGCACGAGCUGCACUGUUUCGCCUCCACGCCCUACGACAUGACCGGCUACGACCGCAACGUGCAGUACACCACCGACCCGCGCGUGUCCACGCUCGUCAACGAGGUGCUCUCCAGCUCCGACUCCGACAGCGACUCCGACAUCGUGAUGGUGAGCGAGCCGCUGCCCGGCCCGUCGCGCGCGCCGCCCGCCUGCGUGCCCAUCGAGACCAUCUCGCACUCCGACACGGACGACGGCUCCGAGGUGAUGGUGGUCGGCUACAUCAAGCCGCCGCAGGACCGCACGCCCGAGGUGGUGGACCUGCUGGGCUCGGACAGCGACGUGGUGGUGCAGGACGCGCCCGGCCCGAGCCGCGAGCCCGAGCCCCGGGUCAAGCUGAGUCUGCGGCGACACUCGCCGGCGGCCGGGCAGGAGGCGGGGCCCAGCGCGGCGGCGGCGGGGGGGGCGCGGCGACGCAAGCGCCGGCGCUCGGGCUCGCCCGCCGCCUGGCGCCCUUGGGGCAGCCCCUCGCCCGUGCGCUCCUGGCUCUCCUCCGAGUGGAGCGGCUCCUCCGACACCGCGCCGCCGCCCGCCCCGCCCUCCACCUCCUCCAGCUCCACCACCAGCUCCCCCUCUAGCUCCAGUUCCAGCUCCAGCACUAGCUUGACCUCCAGCACUAGCUUGAGCUCCAGCUCUAGCUUCAGCUCCAGCUCGGACUCGUCAGACUCCGAGUCUGCCGGUCGGCUCACGCCCUGCGUGAGCUCCCCGCGCACCGCGCCCCCGACGCCCAAGCGACGCCGCACCACCAAAAAGAAAACCAAGUUGAAAUCUAGCAAAGGAAAAUCUUCGAAACGCUCCAAGGAUGAUAAGAAAUCUAAAUCUAGGUCGAUUAAAGAGGAGUCGAGGAGUAAAUCACGUAGAGCGAGGAAGAACCAGGCGACGCAGACGAAGAAGGAGAGCAGGAAGCAGAAGACGCGGUCCGGGAAGGGAGUGAAGCGGAGCAAGGUGGAGCCGGGGACCGGCGAGCCGCAGCCCAGCACCAGCGCCGCGCCGCCCGCGCCCCGCGCCUCGCCCCCGCCCCCGCCCCCGCCGCCGCGCGACCCCGCUAGCGCCCCCGCCCCCGCGCCGCGCGCCACGCCCCCGCGCGACCCCGCGCCCGCCCCCGCCCCCGCGCGCCGCCGCCACAGCCGCGCCUCCCGCGACUCGCGCCGCCGCCUGCGAAGUGUUGUGAAAGUUAUUAACACCCAACAGACCAGUGAUCCCAGUGGGAUCUCUAAUUUACGAAACAUUAUGGAAAGCGCCAUACUUAAUCCUAAUUCGAAUGUGUUGGCGUACAACAGUGAUAGCGGAUCUGUUCCCGGCGACGACAGGACUCGCAGGCUCGAGGAGAUCCCCUCGGCUAUACUAGAGAAGGCAGAGUCGUGCUUCGAUACGCGGCCGCCCUCCAAGCACUCCGGCUCCGACUCGGAGGACGACCUGCCAUUGAAUCUUACCAUAAGAAGGACGUAGUACCCCCAGUUCCGCGGGUCGAUUGUGAUAACUACAUAGUAGGUUACGGUUUUAUUUUAAUAAAGUCCAGCCGCAGUCUCAACUUAAUGCAACUGAAAUAUUUACUUUAGUAACUAUUGCAUUUACGAGACCGGGAUUUUAUUUUAUAAUGCGAUGAUUGUGCAUGUAAAUAAUGUUAAUAAUUUAAAUGUUACGGCUGUAAUUUAUACAAAAUUAAUGGGAUUUGAUAUUAAAGGAGAGUUAGUUCAUGACUAGUGAAACAAGGCAGCAUAGAUUGUGUUUGAAUCCACAUAAAGAUUUUAGUGAAAAAAAUCGGAGUCAUGGAGUAAUAUUUAGAUAGUACCCUGAAAUCGUUUAGUUCAACACCUUGUUUCAGUACUCAUGAACAGUGUCUAUUGGAUGGAAUCACAUUGUUUUCUUUAUUUGCUAUUUUGUAGAUAAUACAAUUUUUAACAUCACAUAUUUAAGAAUUUGAAUGUAACUAGUACCUUCAUUUUAUUUGUAUAUAAAUACGGGUAUUGCUUAUAAUGAUUCCAUUCAACACUGUCGCAUAAUCUAUAAUGAUUUGUUUUAAUGAGACACUGUACCUAAUAUUAUUGUUUUAAAGUAAAUUGCUGAUUUUGCUGUAAUAAAGACACAAUAGCAUUA